AUGCAAUUGAUGCUUGGAUCAUUGGUGAGGCUUGUGACGGCACUGAUAGCUCGGCCGGCAGCCACCAUCACAACCUUGCUCUACCACAGCGAUCUUCUCCCCCGAAAUUUCAACUCGGAGCGAUUACAGCGAUUGGUUCGACGUGAGUACCUUCUUGUUCAAGAAAAUUGCCUUUUCAGUUCUCUCAUCAACGUUUUGAGAUGCUUUUGGUAG